AUGAUCCUGCGGAUGGGGACAGUCGCCUCUGUUGAAGCUGUGUUCAAGGGAGCACCCGACGCCGUUGCCAUUACCCGAUCGAUCUGUGACUUCAACCACAACGACUCAAUGGAGAAUGAGAUAGUGAUGGCCAGCGCGUUGGCUAACGUCACCUGCGUCAGCGUUUCCAACGCGGUAUCUUCUACCCUUUCGACGAUCAACUCCGCGGAGGACGAUCGUCUCUCCUAUCGACUAACUUUCACGACUCGUCCGUAG